GUUUUGCUUUCCGAGAAUUCUCAGGAAAAUAUUACUGAUAUCAGUAGUUCAUAAAAGACCAGUCGAAGUGUCUGCACGUGUAGUUUUGUUAGCCAUUAAAAAUGUUGGGAUUUUUAAAGCUCGAGUUGUGUCUGAUCGGGCUGGCGAUUUUCUGUGAAGCAAAAUCUGUCCCCCAAGUGACGGAUCCUCUGCCGACAGCUCCUGCACGAGUAGACGCCGCACGGGGAGAGUUUCCCUACGUCGUAUCGCUCCGCAGAAACGGCGGUCACUUCUGUGGUGGUGCAAUUAUCGGGUCUAAACACAUAUUAACCGCUGCACAUUGUUUCAUCGGAAGAGUCGAUUCACCUUACACACAGGGCCUGACUAUUGCCACUGGUGCGGUGAAGAGACAGAACGAUGGCGACCUGUAUUUGGCGAAAAAGGUUGUGCCGCACAGUGGAUUUUCCAGGGGGCCCGACACCAGGUGGAAGCAUGAUAUUGCUGUCAUCACGUUGAUAAAUCCAAUCGUAAUGAGCGAAAAUGUGAGGACCUUAGGGCUCCCGACGGCUCCGACCGCCGGUGGAGUGGUUGCUGUCCUCAGUGGCUGGGGAUCUGCAACGAAAUUCGGACCGGAAGCCGAUCACCUCCAGAAAAGAAAUGUCACAGUCCUGACUAACGAUGAGUGCAACAAGAAGGACGCGAGUAUUUUGGAAACUCAGAUGUGUGGGUUUGAUGGGAGAGGAACAGGAUUUUGCAACGGAGACAGUGGUAGCCCUUUAGUCUACAAUAACCAAGUCGUGGGGAUAGUUUCCUUCGCCAUUUCCUGCGGCAUUGGAUAUCCAGACACUUACACUCGAGUGCACAAGUAUUUAGACUUCGUCAAAGAGAAUUCAAGAAAUCCAACAAAACAAAAAUGUCUAAUUACAAAACUUCAGAACUUCGUGAGACCGCAAUUUUUUACAUCGCUUCUAUUAUUGUCAUCAUCCUCGUCAGACAGUGAUCGUCAACAAAGGAUUCUUGGAGGCAUUACCGCGUCCCCCGGUGCUUUUCCAUACACAGUCUCCCUCGUCCUCAAAAGCUAUCAUCAUGUGUGCAGUGGUACCAUCAUCACCAACCGGCACAUCCUCACAGCGGCCCACUGCUUCGUCGGCAUGAGCAAGCCGCCCUACACCGAUGGCUUAACAGUGCUCACUGGUGCAACUCAUAGGCGCCACGAUGGUCAGCAUCAUCCUGUACUGAAAGUCACACCUCACGGGGGAUUCAAAUUUGGGCGCAAGGACAGAUGGCGCAAUGACAUUGCUGUUGUUACCCUAGCGGAUACGAUAAAGUCCUCGAAACUUCAAUCGCCAGUUGCGUUGCCAACAUAUCGAACCCCCGGAAACGUGAUCGGUAAAUUGUCGGGCUGGGGAUUCCCCGGAAUGAAUACAUGGAUUAUGGAUGUGCUGCAAUACAGAAUGGUCAAGAUACUCAGUAAUGAGGAGUGUCUUACCCUGAACAGUGGUAUCGGUGAGAAGCAACUCUGUGGAUUCAACGGCCACGGCACAGGUUUUUGCGAGGGAGACAGUGGGGGUCCUCUGGUCUACAACAACACAGUAGUUGGCAUCGUAUCCUUCUCCGUAGCCUGCGGCAUGGGAGCACCUGAUGUCUACACCCGAGUCGACAGCUAUCUGGAUUUCAUAAAAACUGUAACAUCAUCCAAAAAUUGAUUAAUGACAGUUCGUCAUGAAACAGAAAAUCUUGGGAAUCCUCGCUGGCGGCUACGAGUGGGAGAGUCGAUGGCGUGCCCUGGAGCACUGGAGCGAUAGACGUACGAAAUUCAUUUCACUCAAGAUGUUGGAACCAAUGAGCGGUGCGUUGGCUAGUGCCACUGGAGUGUCCCGUUUCACAGAUAACUCUGUGCCCAGGUUACAUUUAAGUUUUACGAUACCAAUUAUCCAUUGCUCCUGUACUUACGAGAGAGGGCAUUACUGCCUCAGGGGGGGAAGCAACAUAAUCUCACUUUUUAUCGUCAAUGUAUUAGUGGAUAUUUAUACAUUCAUUUUGCUUUA